UUUGAAUGUGUUGUGACCUACAAGUCUCCUCAUAUAUUACCUUAUCGGUAAGUUGAUAGAACUUUAUACACAUGUAAGUUGAUAGGACUUUAUACACAUGUAAGCUGAUAGGACUUUAUACACACAAUAGUUAAUGAUGCUUGAGUAAUGUGUACACAAGUUGGUUUUUGUUAAUAGUGCAAAGAAAGUUUUAUCAUUUCUAUUAAAAUUACAAAUUCAAUUAUUUUACAGCCUCCAACAGCAUAAAAAUAAUCUUUAUUUACCUCUCGAUAUUUUCUCGAUUCUUUUCAGAGAAAAUUUCAACAGACUUCUUGAUGACAAAACAUUCAAAAGUGAGAUCACUCUCUUCAGAGUGGAUGAGGAAAGCAGUGAAGUAAAGGAAAUUGACAGAGAAGGUUUUUUACCUGUGCUAAUGAGGUACUCAUAAUUGUUUAAUGUUUUUUGACUCGCUUUCUUGAUUAGUUUUUAACAAUUUUACUAUUUUCUCAUAAAGUUAUAACACUUGUAAGUGUUCUUAAGCUGGUUGUUAUAGGCUGUGUUGAUGACACUUGAUUGGACAAUUAUUUCAAACACCUUGAGAAGCUGGUAGAAGAAGUGGAAUAACAUUUUUUUAUGGUUGUUAACAGCACACAAGAAUGGAAGUAUUAGAGGCUGUUGCUCUUGUUUUUUUGUGUAAUGUUAAAAUUUUAUUUCAUUACCUGUCCUUUCAUUUUUUUAUGAUUUUUUUGUCUCUCAAAAGAAUUCUUUAUGGCAAGAUGCACGGAAAAGCUGGCAAUGAAACUGCCGGCAAGGGACGCAGUAACAUUAGGCG